AAUACUGAAGAAAUGUCGCGGUGUUUUCAAAACUAAAUUGAAAUAAAUUAAAAUUUUGUUGUAGAGAUAUAAGGAACAAGUUUAUAUUAAAUGAUUACCUAGGCGAUGCUUACACUUUUUGCUUUUGAUUGCUUUAUUAAUGUUAUACUCUGAAUAUAACAAUCAAUGUCUACCAAAUCUUUAGUGGUUUACAAAAACGGUGCUUAUUUUUUUAUGGCUUAUGUUCUGAGAAUAGAAGGAUCAAAUUGCUUGUGUGAAGAAAGGAAACAUGAAUAAUAAAUCAGAAGCCAAGGUCCCCAAUGAUGAGGGAAACUGGCAGUCUAUCGAGAUAUAUUUAUUUUCAAAUGGACAACAGUACUCUCCGCCGAGGAAGUACCAUUUGCAGGCUGAAGAGCUGAACUGGUGGGAUGCCACGCUGAACCACUUGGCGCGCUCACAUUAUGGAAUCCAGCAUCCACUAAUUUAUUUGUACACAAUUGAUGGCCGCCUGGUGGAAGGGCCACUGGAGCUCAAAGAUGGCCAAGCAUAUGUGGCUGUUGAGCCACCAGCAACAUUCAUUGAUGCCGGCUACCAGAAGUAUCUUAUAAGAGCUUCUCGGUCCUGGGAAAAGAGGCAAGCCAAGAAGAAAUCUCAAGAAAGCUACCGACUACCACCAUGUUGCACAUGCCCCGAUAAUGACUGUCAGCUCCAUGGAACAUGUUGCUUGUGCCCCGAAAAGGAAAGAGCAGCGUUUCUGGAGCCUUUGUUGCCCGCAACCCCUCGCCGGAAUUCGCCAGGCGGACAAUACGGACAUGGAAAACCGAUCCCACCUGACCCGCCUGCGGAUAACGGAAAAGCUGCAGAGGGUGAAAUUGGAGUCAGAGUGGGCGAACGUAGAUCUGUGCCUUGUGAAGAACCUUUACGAAGUGGAUAUGAAUCUGGAGUGGAGGAAAGUGACCUUACAUCGGCAGGACGUGGACAAAGAGGGGGUGAGCAUAGACCUAGACCUAAUGACAGUAAUAUACCAAAUGAAUAUGAAGCUAGAUUGGAUGAGAGUGAAAGUAGGCCGGAUGAUCACGGACGACAAUUGGGUAAAUCCAAAAUACCAGAGGAGAAAGAUAUGGUUGAUCAUCAGGAUAGUUUGCAAUCAAUCGCAAAAGUAAUACGCAGUAGUUCAUUUCCAUCUGGUGAAUACAAAAUGGUACCGAAUGAUGACUCGACUAGCCCUGACAAAAAAAUAAAUUUGACUUCUGAACAAGAAGUUAAACCGACUGAUUAUGAAGUUAAGUUAGGUGAAAAAGAACCGCGGACAUGUGACGUUAGACCUGAAUUAGACGAAAGUGUAGCUGGAACAGACGAAAGUGAAACCAGUUUAGAUGAAAAUAGAGAUACGCGCCAUGAAGAUGCAGUCAAAUUAACGGAACAAAGACCUAUACCGACUAGGCAAUCAACUGAUCAAAUUAAAUCUAAUGGUGAACCUGAAAGAGAUCAAGGUGAAGGAGAUGAAGGUGAAGUACAUCAACCUGAAACAGACGUUCGUGAAGGAAUAUUUGACCCUGACGGGAAAAUGUCUGAGCAGGGAUCUAUAAUUCAAGAAAAUAGUAAGUCGGAUCAGCACAGGUCUGGCUCCGAUGAAAGCGGCUUUAAAACGGAUGACCAUGUACCAUCUACACAUGCUGAAUGUAGAUCGCAUAAUUAUUCAGUUAAGUCCCGUAAAAUUAAGGAGAAACCUGGUGAAACUGGACCCAAGUCAAGUGGUCGUGGAUCAAUGCAAGACAGCGAAAAAGAAUUAGAAGAGGAAGCAACCAGACCUGACAAAUAUUCAAACAUGCUGGGUGAACAUGAAGGUAAUUCGAAUGAAAAUGAUGAUAGAUCAGAGAAACAUAACCUUGAAAAAGAAGACAAAGAGUAUGAAACAAAUAACGCUUUGGGUAAACAAGAAGAAAAGGUAUCUGAAAAUAAAAGAAAAAACAGUAAACCAGAAUGUGGCAUGUUAAUUAUUAUGCGUAAUUUCCUAACUGAUAAUUCUAGUCCUAAAGAAAGUCCUUUAGGUAGCACAGGGAGUACUACCAAGAUUAGAAAAGAUAUCGAAAGAAAAAGGCGAGACAGUGAAUUGAUCAGUGAACAAAAUGACAACAACAUUGUAUCGGGAGUCACAACGGGCGUGAAUGGAGGCCGAGAAGCUAAAGGUAAAGAAAAUCAAAAUGAACUGCAGCGCAAAUCACCUGAUCAAGAAAACAAAACUGGUGAACGUGGAAUUAAAAAUAAAGAAAGUGAAAGUAGUUCGGAUGAUCCCAACAAAAACAAGUCUUAUAAGUAUUUACAACAUGGAGAAAGGAGCGCAGAAAUGGAACAUGCAUAUCAACAAGGUGGUACAAAGGAGGAACCAAGAGCCAUAGAACAAGAACAUGGUAGUGGUUUGUCAGAGGGCAGAGAUAGGGAACAUGCGCAUAGGACCGUAUCCCGAGAAGCGGCACGAAAUGGUAGAGUGGGUGAAAAAAAACACAAUGGCAGAGAAAGUAAACAAAGGAGUGGAGAAUGUGAAAAUACCAGAAAAGUAGUCCCACAAAGAUCUGAAUCAGAGAAAGGUGAGCCAGAUAAAAAGCAUAGAGAACAUGAGCAUAUCGCCAGUACCCUAGGACCUGCACAAGAUAGAAGAGGAAUAGAAUUAAAAACUGGACAAGGCAGUGAGGCCAAGGAAAGGGAACAUGAUAUUACUAGAGCUGGUGAACUAAAAGCCAUGGAGCAGGAAAAUGAUAAAGAAAUGUUAGAUGAAACGGGAAAAGAACGUGAACAUAGAGACAAAGCUGGAGAAGCUGCACGCGAAGGCAAAGAGGGAAAACCGAAAACUAGACAACAAAGAAACAAUGGUAGGCCAAGUGAAGAAAGGAGAGGAGAACAUGAACAUUCUAGCACACUAGUCCCACAUAGAAUCGGAGAGAUUGGUCAAGUUAGAAAAACAGAAACGAGUGCCGUACAACAAGAACAUGAUAGUGGUGUGCCAGAGAAAAGGCAUGGAGAACCUAUGCAUGGCAGCAGUACCGUAGGAACUGCACUAGAUGGCAGAAUGAGAGAACCAAAAACUAGACAGCAAAACGAAGGUAGUAUACCGAGUGAGGCUAUGCGAAGGGAAAUUGAUGUCACCAGAGAUGAUGAAUUAAGAACUGCCGAGCCCGGUCAUAACAGCAGAGGAAAACCGGGAGCCAAGCAACAGGAAAAUGAUAAAGGAGCGUUGGACCAAAAAAGCAGAGAACGCGAACAUGCGAGUGGAGCCGAAGGAGCCGCACGCAAUGUCAGAGAGGCAGAGUCAAGAAGUAGACAACAAAGAAACAAUGUUAGGCCAAGUGAAGAAAGGAGUGGAGAACAUGAACAUUCCAGCACACUAGACCCACAUAGAUCCGAAGAGACUGGUGAUCAAGUCAGAAAAAGAGAUGCCGUACAGCAAGAACAUGAUAGAGGUGCGCCAGAAAAAAAACAUAGAGAAACUAAGCAUGGCAACAGUACCAUAAGAGCUGCACAAGAUAGCAGAGAGACAGAACCAAAAACUAGACAACAAGGAUCAGGUAGUAGAGCUAGUGAGGUCAACGGAAGGGAAAACGAUGUCACUAGAGAUGGUGAAAUAACAAUCGACGAGUUUGGUCAUAAUACUAUAGAAGGUAAAGCGAGAGCCAUGCAAAAGGAAAACGAUAAAGAAGCGUUAGACGAAAGGGGAAGAGAAUAUGAACAGGGGAAUAGAACCGGAGAACCUGCAAGCGCAGGCAAAGAGAGAGAAUCAAGAACUAGAAAGCAAAGAAACAAUAGUAAGCCAGGUGAAGAAAGGAGUGGAGAACAGGAACAUACCAGCACACUAGUCCCACAUAGAACUGGAGAGACUGGCGAUCAAGAACAUGAUAGUGGUGUGCCAGAAAAAAUGCAUAGAGAACCUAAGCAUGGCAGCAGUAUCGUAGGAACUGCACAAUAUAGCGGAGAAAGAGAACCAGAAACUAGACCUCAAGAAUCAGCCAAUGUAGCGAGCGAGGUCAGGGUUAGAGAAAAACAUGUCACCAGAGAUAGUGAACUAACAACCGACGAGUCUCUUCGUGAUACCAAAGGAGAAAAAGCGAGAGCCCUGCAACAUGAAAAUGAUAAUGAAACAUUAGACGAAAAAAGAGAAGAGCGUGAACAUGUGAGCAGAGCCGAAGAAGCUGCACGCAAUGUCAGGGAGGGAGAGCCAAGAUCUAGACAAGAAAGAAACAAUGGUAAACGAGUAACGAGUGCAGAUAGAAAUGACCAACAUAAACAUAUAGUCCCACAAAGAUCUGAAGAUACUGGUCAUCAUGUCAAAAGAGGAGAAUCGAGUAGCGAACAACAAAACCAUGAUAGUGGUGUGCCACAAAAGAAGCAAAGGGAACAUGAACAUGGCAGCAGCACCGUAAAAACUGCACAAGAUGCCAGAGAAAGAGAACCAAAAACAAGGAAACAAGGAAAAGGCAGUAGAGCUAGUAAGGUCAGGGGAAGAGAAAAUGAUGCCACCAGGGAUGGAGAACGAACAACCGACGAGUCUGGUCAAGAUAUCAUAGCAGAAAAAGCGAGAGACAUGCAACAGGAAAACGAUAAAGAAACGUUAGAUAAAAAGGGAAAAGAACGUGAACUUAAGAGUAGAAACGGAGAACCUGCACCUAAAGGCAAAGAGGGAGAGCCACCAAGAACUCGACAGCAAAGAAACAAUGGUAGCCCUAGUAAAGAAAGGAGUGAAGGACAUGAUCACACCAGCACAGUAGUCCCACAUAGAGCCGGAGAGAGUGGUCAUCACGUCAGAAAAGGAGAUACGAGUGCCGUACAACAAGAGCAUGAUAGAGGUGUGCCAAAAAAAAGGCAUAGAGAACCUAAACUUGUAAGCAACACCUUAGGAUCUGCAAAACAUAGCAGAGGGGGAGAACCAAAAACCAGACAAAAAGGAAAAAAUGGGAGAAUGGAGGAAGACAGGAGAAGUGAACACGAUGUCAUUAAAAAUGGCAAAUUAAGAAGUGUUGAGCCUGGUAAUAGCAAAGGAGAAGAAGUGAGAGCCAUGCCUCAGGAAAACGAUAGUAAAGGAUACGAAAAGGGAAGAGAACGUAAAAAUGCGAAUAGAGAUACAGAAAGGGAACACAGUAGUAGAGUCCAAAAAACUGUAAAUGGGGACCGAGAGGAAGAACCAAGAGUUAUGCAACAAGACCACGGUAGUAGAGCGACUGAGGACAAAGAUACAAAUCAUGCCAGCAGUGCCAGUGAACUAAGUGUUGACCAGACUGAACGCAUUGACACAGAUGGAUCACCAGAAAGUAAACAACAAAGACACGGUCGUAAAGCGAACGAAGAAAGAAGAAGUAAAGGUGACGUAAUCCGAGAUAGUGAACAAAGAACUGAAGAGGCUAUACAUGAUCGCGUAAGAGGAAAAGCGACAUCCAAACAACAAAAACAUGGAAGUGGAGUGAACGAAGAAACUACAGAAGAAAGUGAAGAUGCCGGAAGAUCCGAAGACACUGAAAGUGAUAGUAGAAAACCGAGACCUGAACUGUUAAAGCACAGUGGUACAGCGAGUCAAGAAGGGGGCAAACAAACUGAGUAUACGAGCUACGUAGUUCCGCAGAGAACCGGAGAGAUUGGCCAUCAUAUCAGGAGAGGAGACGCAAUUGCCAAGCAACAAGAUAAAAGAAGUGGAGCGAGUGCGGAAAUUAGUAAGGAACGUAAAUACGCGAGCAGUGCCGAAGAUAGUGAAUGCAGAGAGGGAGAACCAAGAACAAGACAUCAGAGAUCCGGUACUGAAGCGAGUGAGGACAGAAAUAGAAAACAUGAUGUAACCAGAGAUAUCGAAAAAAGAACUGGUCGCUAUGGCAGAGAUGCUAAAGCCAGGCAACAAGAACAUGAUAAUGAAGCGUUAGAAAAAAGGGGUAUAGAACGUGGAUAUGGGAGCAAAGCCUUCGAGCAAAAGGCCAGGGAGUCUGCCUAUAGCGAUAGAGCAGGUUAUCCAAGAGCCAGUAGUAAGGAACGUGGUGCCAAAGCGAUUAAUGAAAAAAGCAAAACAAGCAAAGGAAGCUCUCAAAACACGCGUGAGACAGGUCAUCACGGUAAACCAGGAGAAAUGAGAGCCAGUCAACAAGAACAUGGAAAAGGAGCGAGCGAAGAAAUUAUUAAAGGGCGCGAAUAUUCCAGUAGAGCCAAAGACACUGAACGCAAUGCCAGAGACGGAGAACAAAGUACUAGACAUCAAGAACACGGUAAAAGACCAAAUGAGGAUAGGGAUCAAGAAGAGGAUGUAUCCAGAAAUGGUGAACAAAGAAAUGGAAAGACAAGUCAUAUGAAAGAUGGAGAAGGGAGAGCCAGGCAACAAGAUCACGGUAACGGAGUGUUAGAAGAAAGGGUUAGAGAACGGGCACAUGGGGGCACUGCCGGAGAAAUCGAACGCGAUGGCAGAAAAAGGGAACCAAGAUCUAUACAACAACGACAUGGUGUUAAAGCGAACGAAGAAAAAGGUAAAGAACGUGAUGUUAAUAGAGAUGGCGAACAAAGAACUAAAGAUACUGGUCAUGACAACAGAAGAGGAGAAGCCAGAGCCAGGCAACCAGGUCGAGAAUAUGGAAGCAAAUUCGGUGAGCAACGAGCCGGAGUGUCUGGCCAAGGUCGUGUAAAAGAAGAUCCAAGAGCCAGUAGAAAAGAACGUGGUGGAGUGCUGACUGAUGAAAGGGGCAAAGAACAUGUAUUUUCAACCAAAUCAGGUUCACAAAGAACUGGGGAAAGUGACCAUCGUCCUAGGCGGAAAGACCAAAGAACUAGACAAAGUGAUCAAAAGGUCGGGGGUCAUGAAAUCAGAGUCGGUGAUCAUGAAGCUAGGGGUGGUGAUUUUAGUGUCAGGGCUAGUUAUAACGGGGCCAGAGUCAGUAACCCUAAUUCCAGAUCAAUUGAGACUAGUGCGAGACCAGGUACAACUGGAGCCAGAGCUAGUCUUAAGGAUAGGAUAAAUCCUAGAACCAGAUUGGGUGAACCCAGGCUAGGUCUACCUGCAGUCAAAGCAGAUGAACCUGCGGCACGAUCUGAUCAACCUUUCGUAAAAGACAAUGAGGAUAAACCUAAAAUUAGAGUCAGUAAUGUAGAGUCCGUAGCGGUCGAAAGUGAAACGGGGGGAACCGGAGCAGCUGGAGUUCCACGCAUAUCUGAAGCUCAGCAACAUGUUCGAAACAGUAACGUAAGUGAAAGAACACCAUCAAUGGAAAGAAAACGCUAUUCGUCCUUAAGGAGGCCGACUCCUUAUCCAAUUAUUCCCUUACUUCCAAGAAAAUCUGACGAUAAGAAACAAAUUGAAACUAACAAGGAUGCCCCUAAAAGAAAGCUGUCGGACAAAACACCUGUUUCGGCGACCAAUGAAAUUGAUAAAAGACAUAUACAAAAAGAAACACCAAAGUAUCCAAUCAAAAGCAUUGUUCCACCUGCCGUUCCCCCGCCGACAGCAAAUUUUAAUCAAAUUCCAUUUACAUCAAAAUCUACUUCACUUACCAAGGUGAUAUCUAACCACAAGAGUCUUUUGACUGAUAGCGGUCCUGUGGAGAAAGCUUUCGAUAACAACGAAAUCGUUGUUGUGUCCACAAAUCUAUUCAGAAAUCAGGAAAGCGAGAUUACGUCUAUGAGAUUGGAUGCGGUCAAACAUGUUUUUGAUAGCAUGAAGGAUUUUCCAGAUGAGAUAAUAAAACUACCACAAAACAUUCCUUCUAGUAACGUUAAUGAGGGAGUCCAAACAUUAACGGAAUUAGUUUCAGAAGCAGUUGACAAACACGGUCAUGCAGUAUCCAGUUGCAAAGGCAGAGGUGGAUGCACGGUUUCUAGCCAACGAGACAACACGGUCGCUACCGACGAUCCUAAAGAAAACUUUAUAUCAAUUUUAAAUAAAGGUGAUGUUGUCAACCUGAAAUUAAACAUUGAAGUUCGCAACGACCAGUCCAAAAAACCAGUAAAUUUUUGUCAGAAGAGUGGUCGCAAGUCGCGGUCGUUAACAAAUAUUACGAGAACAGAGAAAUGUUCUCAGAUAUCUAUUGACGACGAUAUAUUAGCACAAAGCAAGUCGUUGCAGUCUCUGCUGAACAACGAGUAUUUUCGCGGAUGUGCAUCCGACGGUCGUCCAAAGAUAUUGGUUGUCCAGUGCGCUUGUUGUGGAAGAUCGAACAACUCCCCUCGUGAUCCUCCGCGAAGCAGUGACAGUAAAAAGUAUUUCGUGUUGCUGCCAAACCCACACCAACAAGACAAAAAUGAGAGAUGUAAUUGUGAAACGCACGGUCAGUCCAACAGCCACAAAAUUCUUCCACAGUCACAAAAUUCAACUUCAGAACACACAAUAAAAAAGACUCUUUCAAACAUAUCCUUGGAAACACUUACGGCAAAGGGAGUGUCAACACACAGGCGUGACUUAGCACGAUACGUUGCAACUACUAACUCGACAUGUCAAACUGAAGAGCCGAAAAGCGACUGCCUAAUAGCCAAACAUAGAGUGAGCAUUACCGAAAACUCAGGAAUUAGGUGCGAGUUUCAAAAAGAGAGUCACUCCCAGAUAUCUGUGAUAACGCCGGGUCUUGUGCCUGAGAUCAACUGUCAAAAUAUACAACAAUAUACAUGCGGAAGCAAGCACUUAGAUUCCCACGUGCCACUAGAUCGCUCAAACCCGUAUGCUAAGGUACAGGCACAGCUAUGCCCCGAAAUAUGCCCUGAUACCUGUCCUCUUUCCCCGUUUCAUGUAUGCCAACCAAACUGUCCGCAAACAGUUUCUCAUACCCAGGCUCGCCCAAGUGAACACAACCAGGGGUAUUCAAAGGUGUUUCCCCAAUUGCAAUCCCAGGGAUCUUCACAGACGUGCCAACAAGUACAGUCCGAAGGAUUUCCACAGGCUGGCCAACAAUUUCAGGCACAGUCGCAAGAACAUCCUCAAACGUGCAGUCCAACAUGUCCAAAAGGUUUUCCCCAAGUGUACCCACAGAUAUACCUGCAAGUGCAGUCUCAAGGGUGCCAGCCGACCUGCCUGCAAGCGCAGUCACAAACGAGCCGGCAAAAAUCGUCGCAAGGGUUCCCGCCAAUACGCAGAGAAGUUUCUGACUCGGAUACGCAGACGCAAUGGUGCAGUAUUUUGUUAGAAGCGCGUCUUCAUGAUGACGGCCGUUACUCUUUCCAUCUGCCACCGUUGCAAGUUUUGAAGUAUUAUUCUUUUUGAAAAUAUAUAAUAACUUAUUAAAAA